CAGACCCUUGGCCAUCACAGCGUCUUGUGUUACUAUGCUGUGAAUGCCGUGAUGCUUGAUACUCCCGUCUUGAUCAUUGGCGCAGGGAUCAGCGGCCUGAUCCUCGCGCAACAUCUCCAACGCCAUGGCGUCCCCUUCCAGAUCUUUGAUCGCGAUUCCGCCCUGGACGCGCGAAGCGGUGGAUGGGGCCUGACACUGCACUGGUCUCUCCCAGCGCUGCGAGAGCUGCUUCCAGAGGAUCUGGUGCGGCGGUUCUCCGACACAUUUGUCAACAAGGACGCAGCGGCCCGCGGCGACGUCGGACGGUUCCAGUUCUUCAACCUCAAAACCGGCGAAGCGUUGUACAGCGUCCCUGCAGCAGAGCGCAUCCGCGUGAACCGAGGCCGACUGCGCGAGCUGCUGACUUCCGGGCUGGAUGUCCAGUGGAACAAAACUCUCCAGAGCAUCGACUCGGCCGCUGACUCUGUGACGGCCCAUUUCGACGAUGGAACCGCGGCAAGCGGACGCUUACUUGUUGCUUGCGACGGCGCCCGGUCGCGCGCGCGCCAGAUCUUGUACCCGGACUGCCAGAUGAACCCCCUGCCUGUGCAACUGCUCGGUGCGUCGCCUCUCUACACGGCCGAGGAGAUGAGGGGGGCGCAGUCGUUCGACCCGUUCAUUUUCCAAGGAUCGCACCCGGACACGGACGUCUUCUUCUUUUUCAGUUUCUUGGACACGCCUAGUAAUUUCGAUGAGAGCAGCCGUGAUCGGUAUCACUGUCAGAUCAUCAUCUCAUGGGCGGACAGUAAAGGGAUUCCCGUGCCGACGGGGAAUGCGGAGCGCGUGGCCUUGAUGAAGAAGUUGACGGACAACUGGGCGGAGCCGUUCCGGUCUUUGGUGCACCAGAUUCCCGCGGACAGCGAGGCUCGCUCGAUUCGUCUCGAGGACUGGAUGUUGCAGCGAGGCCGCUCUCAUGCCCACCCGCGGGUGGUGCUGGUGGGAGACUCGGCGCACACGAUGACUAUGUUCCGGGGCGAGGGGGCCAACAAUGCCAUUGUAGAUGUCUUGGACUUGGUGAAACAGGUGGACAUGCGGGACGCUCAAUCUUUUACCUCUGGCAAGCUGGCUGCUUCGCUUGCUGCGUACGAGAAGGCUCUCUUUUCUCGCGCAGAGCCGAGCUUCUUGGCUUCGCGGCAGGCGUGUCUCGAUGCUCAUGAUUUCUCGAAGAUCACCGAGGGAAGUCCGUUGGUUGCCGCUCGGGUGCUGAAAUGA